AUGAUGCAAGGACUUCACCAACAACAGCAACAACUCGCUGCUCUCCUCUCCGCUGCUCUUCCUCAAGACUCCUCCACCACCGCCACCACAGCAACAGCCACCCCAGCCUCAACAACAGCGAAAACAACUAACUCGGAAAACAACGACGACGACGACGACUCUGCUCGACUCAGCGCCAUUAACUCACUCCACCGUGCUAUUCUUUACCCUCCUAACUCACUCCUCGUCUCUCACUCUGCUUCUUUUCUCUCUCAAGGAUUGUCUCAACUCCUAACUGACAAAUCAUAUGCCAUUAGGCAAUCCGCGGCUACUGCUUAUGGGGCAUUGUGUGCUGUAGUAUGUGCAAUUCUUAUUGGAUCCAAUGGAAGGCAAAACCAUGUUAUGCUUGGAAGUAUUGUUGACCGGUUCAUUUCGUGGGCUUUGCCGUUGCUUAGCAAUGGCAGUGCGGGUAAUGGGACAACAGAACUUGCAUUGGAAGGGUUGCGUGAGUUUCUUAGUGUUGGAGAUGUUGUCGGUAUUGAGAGAUAUGCUUUGCCGAUCCUCAAAGCUUGUCAAGAACUUUUGGAGGAUGAGAGAACCUCCUUGAGUUUGUUGCAUAGGCUUUUGGGUGUUUUGACUUUGAUUUCGAUUAAGUUUUCUAGGUUUUUUCAGCCUCAUUUUCUGGAUAUCGUGGAUUUGCUUCUUGGUUGGGUGUUGGUACCGGAUCUUGCGGAAUCAGAUAGACGUGUUAUUAUGGAUAGUUUCUUGCAGUUUCAGAAACACUGGGUGGGGAAUUUGCAAUUCUCUCUGGGUUUGUUGUCUAAGUUUUUGGGUGACAUGGAUGCAUUGGUUCAGGAUGGGAGUCGUGGAACACCACCACAAUUUCGCAGGUUGCUUGCAUUGCUUUCUUGUUUUACAACAGUGUUGCAGUCCACUGCUUCUGGGUUGUUGGAAAUGAAUCUACUUGAACAAAUAAGUGAAUCUCUUAUCACAUUGGUUCCUCGGUUGUUGGGAUGCUUAUCCAUGGUUGGAAGGAAAUUUGGGUGGGCAAAAUGGACUGGUGAUUUGUGGAAAUGCUUGACCCUCUUGGCUGAGAUAUUAUGUGAAAAGUUUUCUACCUUUUACCCACUUGCACUUGAUAUCUUAUUCCAAAGCUUGGAUACACAACCUGGGGCUGAGAAGAUCACCUCCUUUCAAGUUCAUGGUGUUUUAAAGACUAAUCUUCAGCUAUUAUCUCUACAAAAACUUGGUCUCUUCCCAUCAACGGCUCAGAAAGUAUUACAAUUUGAUGCGCCCAUAUCUCAGCUGCGAUUGCAUCCAAAUCAUGUGGUGACUGGAAGUUCUGCUGCUACUUAUAUUUUCUUGCUUCAGCAUGGGAAUGAUGAAGUUGUUCAACAGGCAAUUGGUGUGUUAAUCAAAGAGAUGGAGUUGCUGAAGGACAUGCUAAAUGGAACUUUCAAUCUUGGAGGUGAGGAUGACAGUGUUAAAGAUUCUAAAUCCUAUUCCAAACUUGAGUUUUUAGCAUUGAUGAAAUUUGAUUUGAAAGUUCUGUUAACUUGUGUUUCCUUGGGAGGGGGUAGCAGUUUGAUUUGCCAACCAGAAAUUGCUGCAGUAUAUCUGAAGAGGUCAGAUGUGUUGGCUUCUUUUAUUGUUGAGAAAUUGGAUCCCUUUAAUUUACCUAUCCAGGCACAUGUGGAGUUACAGGUCAAUGUUAUCCAAUCAAUGGAGAGGCUAACUGCAGUUGAAUUCUUGAGCAGGUGGUCCAUAAGAAAUCAGAUUAGCCAGACUGCUUCUUUGGAUGGCACUGCUGAUAAAGUGAAUAAUGUUAAUGCUUUCAGGGAUGAGAUUUCUGCUGUGAUUAUUGCGCAUAUAAGGAAGUACUGUGCAUUCCUCAUCAAAGCUCUAAAUGUUUUUGCCCCUCUCGCAGUUAAAUUAGUAGCCCUAGAGUGGAUCCAAAAAUUUGCUAAGAAUGUUAUUGCCAUCUAUGAAAAUUCAGUUGUGAAUGCUUAUUUUGAUGAAGCAUUUGGAUUCAUUGGUGGUAUUGGCAAUAUUAUUUUCUCGGUAUUUGACGCAGCAUUUGACAGUGAACCGAAGGUGAGGGCGCAGGUUGCAUUAGUUCUGGAGGUGCUUUUGCAGGCAAGACUUGUACAUCCCAUUUGCUUUUAUCCCAUGGCUGAAGUGGUUUUGGAAAAGCUUGGUGAUCCACAUGUUGAUAUAAAUAAUUCAUUUGUGAGACUGCUUUCCCAUAUCUUGCCAAUGGCAAUGUUUGCAUGUGGUUUACACGAUCAUGGAACAUCCAUCACUUGUAGGUCCAAUGCAGUUGUGUCAUGUAAUGGUUCUAAUUUGAACUGGAAGCAAGUGUUUGCCCUGAAGCAGCUAAGAAAGCAACUGCACUCACAGCAACUUGUUUCCAUUUUGAGUUACAUUUCUCAAAGAUGGAAGGUGCCUCUUUCUUCUUGGAUCCAGCGGCUUAUUCAUAGCUCUCGCAGUUCAAACGACCUUGUUUUGGGUCAACUUGAGGAAACACAGAAAUUUGUUGCUGAUGGUCUUUCGUUGGACAUAAAACAGGAUGAUGAUGUUCUUGAAAGGAUAUGCUCAGUCAAUAACUUGGCUGGUGCUUGGUGGGCUAUUCAUGAAGCAGCUAGAUAUUGUAUUGCAACACGCCUUCGGACUAAUCUUGGAGGGCCUACUCAAACUUUUGCAGCACUGGAAAGAAUGCUGCUGGACAUUGCACAUGUGCUACAGCUUGAUAUUGAGCAGAAUGAUGGAAACCUAAGUAUAAUAGGCUCAUCCGGUGCUCAUUUGUUACCAAUGAGAUUGUUAUUGGAUUUUGUCGAGGCUCUGAAAAAAACGUAUAUAUCGCAUAUGAAGGGUCAGCCAUUUUACCAUGUGCUUCUCGCCCGAGUUCCUUGUUCUUUCGUGCAAACAAGAAGGUUUGCGAGGAGUGGUUUUCUCGUAUAUGAACUGAAAAGUAUCUUGGCUUCAUCUUUGAAAGACAAAUCCAGAGCACAGGCAUCUGAGAACCUUCAUAGUAUCAAGGAUAGGUUGUUUUCAGACAUUAUGAGGGUUUUACGGCACAUGGCAUUGGCUCUAUGUAAGAGUCAUGAACCUAAGGCUUUGAUUGGUCUACAUCGAUGGGCUUCGGUGACAUUUUCUUCCUUGCUUAUGGAUGAGAAUCAGUCUCUCAAUCAUAAUGGAAUAUCGGGGCCUUUUGCGUGGAUCACUGGCCUGGCAUAUCAGGCAGAAGGCCAAUAUGAGAAGGCUGCUGCACACUUCACUCACUUGCUUCAGAACGAGGAAUCACUGAGCUCUAUGGGUUCUGAUGGUGUGCAGUUUGCUAUUUCACGUAUUAUUGAAAGCUACACUGCUGUAUCUGAUUGGAAGUCCCUAGAAUCCUGGUUAUCAGAGUUGCAAAAACUUCGUUCUAGACAUGCUGGGAAGAGUUAUUCUGGUGCUCUAACUACUGCAGGCAAUGAAAUCAAUGCAAUUCAUGCCUUGGCACGUUUUGAUGAGGGAGAUUUUCAGGCAGCUUGGUCAUACCUGCAUUUGACGCCUAAAAGUAGCGGCGAACUUACACUUGAUCCUAAAGUGGCCUUGCAAAGGAGCGAACAAAUGCUUUUACAGGCAAUGCUGUUUCUCCAUGAGGGUAAGUUCGACAAGGUACAACAAGAAACAUGUAAGGCCAAGUCAAUGCUAGAGGAAAUGUUGUCUGUUUUGCCACUUGAUGGUUUGUCAGAGGCAGCACCAUUUGCUACUCAGUUGCACUGCAUCUUUGUGGUUGAAGGAGGCAACAAGCUUAAGGACAACCAUGCCAAAUCCAAGGAACAUCAAUCAAUAUUAAGUUCAUAUGUCGAGUCGAUUCAGUCUUCGAUAAAUAGAGUUGAUCAGGAUUGUAAUCCAUGGUUAAAACUCCUUAGGGUAUAUCGAACCAAUUUUCCUACUUCCCCAGUCACUCUUAAGCUUUCUAUGAGUUUGUCGAGUUUAGCCCGUAAGCAGGGAAACCUAAUGUUAGCAACCCGUCUAAAUAAUUAUCUCAGAGAUCAUGCAUUGAAUUGCUCUGAGGAGAGAAACUCUGCUUUCCUAUUGUCAAAGUUGCAAUAUGAGGACUUCAUGCUCCUGCAUGCUGAUAACAAGUUCGAAGAUGCUUUUGCAAAUCUUUGGGCAUUCGUGCGUCCUUGCAUGGUUUCUUCUGCAUCUAUGGUUUCCAAUUCUCAUGAUAAUAUUUUGAAGGCUAAGGCUUGCUUGAAACUUUCAGAGUGGUUGAGGCGGGAUUAUCCAGAUCUGAGUUUGGAAAGUAUUGUUCUCAAGAUGCUGACAGAUUUUAAUGGGGAUGAUGUAGCUCCACCUGACAGAGUUGGACCCUUAGUGAAUGUCCAGAAUUUCAGCUCUAAACCUAGUCUGGGUGUGAUCAUUGAGGAAAUUGUGGGCACAGCUACAAAGUUGUCCACACAACUUUGCUCCACGAUGGGCAAGGCAUGGAUUUCUUAUGCUUCUUGGUGUUUCAGUCAGGCUAGAGACUCUCUCUUAAAUCCACGUGAAACUGUUCUUCGCUCGUGCUCUUUCUCUCCUGCACUUUUUCCAGAAGUCCAGCCUGACAGGUUCAAAUUAACUGAAGAUGAGAGGACAAGAGUACAAUCUGUGGUCUUGCAACUUUUUCAGCAUGAGGAUGAUGAUUCUAGUGAUUACAGAGAGGGGAUAUUUUGGCUUGAUUCUGUGCAAAAUUCAAUUAAUAAUAACCCUGUGGUGGAGCAAGUAAUUGAUUUAAUUGAAGCUGCAGCUGGUGCUCACGGUGGAGAAAACUCUAGUGGCGAUUCCCUUUCUGUUACUCUUGCAUCUCAAUUGCGAACUUCUUUCCUAAAUGCAAAUGCUGGCCUGGUAGAAGCCAACAUAUCAGCUGCAGUUGAUUAUUUAGUUAGUGUGUGGUGGUCUUUAAGAAGGAGGCGAGUUUCUCUCUUCAGUCAUGCAGCUCGUGGUUUCAUGCAAUACCUUACAUAUUCAUCUAUAAAGGUUUCUGAUUCUCAGUUGGUUGGCUUUGAGGAUGAGUCUUUAAAACAAAAAACUGGGAGCUAUACUCUGAGGGCUACCUUGUAUUUCCUGCACAUCUUCCUCAAUUUUGGAGUUGAGUUGAGAGAUGCAAUUGAACCAGCUCUUUCAACAAUUCCUUUAUUGCCAUGGCAGGAAGUAACUCCCCAAUUGUUCGCUCGUCUAAGUUCUCAUCCUGAGCAAGUGGUCCGGAAGCAAUUGGAGGGUUUAUUGAUGAUGUUGGCUAAGCUAUCUCCUUGGUCUAUAGUGUAUCCAACUCUGGUUGAUGUGAAUACUAAUGAGGAGAAGCCUUCAGAGGAGCUUCAGCACAUUCUGGGUUGUUUGGCUGUAGCCAUAAAUGUGGUUUAUCUAGGCUGCAGUUAUCGAAUAGAUGGUCACUACUAUGAAGAGCUUGCUGAAAGUUAUAUUGAAGGCAAGCGUCCUUGCCUAUGCUGUAUGGAGAUGCAAGAGAGAGAGCUUUACCCAAAAUUAAUUCAAGAUGUUCAACUCAUGAUAAAUGAGCUUGAAAAUGUAACUGUUCUCUGGGAGGAACUAUGGCUCAGCACACUUCAAGAUCUUCAUGCAGGGCACUUCUAUGUGAUGAGACGCAUAAAUGUCCUGAAAGGGGAAGCUGCUCGAAUUGCUGAGAAUGCCACUCUAAGUCAGAAUGAGAAGAAUAAAAUUAAUGCUGCUAAAUACUCAGCCAUGAUGGCCCCUAUUGUUGUGGCCUUGGAACGCCGCCUUGCUUCUACUUCUCGAAUACCAGAGACACCUCAUGAAUUAUGGUUUCAUCAAGAGUAUAGAGAACGUCUAAAAUCAGCCAUUUUGUCAUUUAAGAGUCCUCCAGCUUCUGCUGCUGCACUAGGAGAAGUAUGGCGGCCAUUUGACGAUAUUGCUGCAUCCUUGGCAUCUUAUCAGAGAAAGUCAUCAAUAAUUCUAGAUGAAGUUGCACCCCAACUGGCUUUGCUGUCAUUUUCUGAUGUCCCAAUGCCUGGUCUUGAGAAGCAAAUCACAAUAUCUGAAUCUGACAGAAGUUUCACUACAAGCCUCCAUGGAAUUGUUACAAUUGCUUCUUUCUGUGAACAAGUGACUAUCUUGUCAACCAAGACAAAACCUAAGAAACUUGCUAUACUUGGUUCAGAUGGUCAAAAGUACACUUAUCUUUUGAAAGGGCGAGAAGACUUGCGCCUUGAUGCCAGGAUCAUGCAGCUUCUGCAGGCUAUAAAUGGUUUUCUACGUUCAUCUUCUGCAGCUCGUAGGCAUCUGCUUGACAUACGCUACUAUUCAGUGACUCCAAUUAGUGGCAGGGCUGGUCUUAUCCAGUGGGUGGACAAUGUGGUGAGCAUAUAUAGUGUCUUUAAGUCUUGGCAAAACCGUGAGCAGCUGGUGCAGCUCACAGCAAUGGCUCCAGCCAAUACAAAAAUUCUGUUCCUCCACCUGUUCCCCGACCAAGUGAUAUGUUCUAUGCGUAAGGUUCUCCUUGAUCUAAUGAAGGAGGUUCCAAGACAGCUGCUUCAUCUAGAACUUUGGUGUGCUAGUGAAGGGUUCAAAGCCUUCAGCUCAAAAUUGAGGAGGUACUCUGGAAGCGUUGCAGCCAUGAGUAUAGUGGGGCACAUUCUGGGUCUUGGGGAUAGACAUUUGGAUAAUAUUCUCAUGGAUUUUUGUAGUGGGGAUAUUGUACACAUUGAUUAUAAUGUUUGCUUUGAUAAAGGGCAAAGACUGAAGGUGCCAGAGAUUGUUCCAUUCCGCCUUACCCAGAUGCUUGAAGCUGCUCUGGGAUUGACUGGAGUAGAAGGUACCUUCAGAGCAAACUGUGAAGCAGUUGUUGGUGUUCUGAGGAAAAAUAAGGAUGUACUCUUGAUGUUGUUAGAGGUUUUUGUGUGGGAUCCCCUUGUAGAAUGGACACGAGGAGAUUUCCUUGAUGAAGCAGCAAUUGGGGGUGAAGAAAGAAAGGGCAUGGAGUUGGCAGUUAGCUUGAGUUUAUUUGCAUCUCGAGUGCAAGAAAUCCGUGUUCCAUUGCAGGAGCAUCAUGAUAUUUUAUUGGCUACCUUACCAGCUGUUGAAUCUGCUCUUGAGAGGUUUGCUAAUGUUCUAAAUCAGUAUGAGCGUGCCUCUGCUCUUUUUUAUCGUGCUGAUCAAGAAAGGUCUAGUCUUAUUUUGCAUGAGACAUCUGCAAAGUCGAUUGUUACUGAAGCAACUUGUAAUUCAGAGAAAACCCGUGCAUCAUUUGAAAUUCAGACUCGAGAAUUCACUCAAGCAAAAGCUGUAAUAUCUGAGAAGGCUCAAGAAGUUGCAACAUGGAUGGAGCAACAUGGAAGGGUCCUGGAUGCUUUGCGGAGCAAUUUACUUCCAGAAAUCGAUUCCUGCAUAAAUCUGAGCAGUAUGGCUGAUGCUUUGUCUCUUACAUCUGCUGUCCUGGUGGCAGGAAUUCCGCUGACCAUCGUUCCUGAGCCCACACAAGCACAAUGCCAGGAUAUGGAUAGGGAAGUUUCUCAGCUCAUAGCCGAGCUGGAUCUUGGACUCUCAUCUGCCCUAACUGGAAUCCAAGCAUAUUCUUCGGCUUUGCAAAGAUUCCUACCUCUGAACUAUGUUACAACUAGUGCAGUACAUGGCUGGGCUCAGGUGUUGCAGCUGUCCUCAAAUUCCCUUUCCUCUGAUUUGCUCUCCCUUGUCCGAAAUCAGGCUGCUGAACUCGUUGCUAAAGUACAUGCAGAUGAUCUUGAGUCUAUUAAACAUAUUCAUGAUGAUCUUUGUCUAAAGGUAGAUAAAUUUGCAACAGAGAUACAUAAAGUUGAAGAAGAGUGUGCUGAGCUAGUGAACUCUAUUGGCUCAGACACUGAAUCAAAAGCUAAGGAUCGUCUUCUGUCUGCUUUUAUGAAGUACAUGCAGUUUGCUGGUUUGGUGAGGAAAGAAGACACUGAUUCUUCUAGCCAACCAGGACAAUUGAAAUACGAUGCAACCAGGGAUGCCAGGUUAUCAGCGGAGCUGGAAGACAAGGAGAAGGUGUUGACUGUUUUAAAUAUAGCAGUAAGUUCUUUGUAUAAUGAAGUAAGGCAUAGGGUACUAGACAUAUUCAGUAAUUCUGCAGGAGGUAGGCAUGCAAAUGAUAGAUUUAGAUCUAUCUUCUGCGAGUUUGAAGAGCAAGUAGAGAAAUGUGUACUUGUAGCUGGAUUUUUUAGUGAAUUACGGCAAUUUAUUGGUGGGGACAUGCCUAGUGUGAAUGAAGAUGUAUACCAUGCAAAAUUUUAUUCUGAAAGAAACUGGGCUUCCAUAUUCAAAACCACUUUACUUUCCUGCAAGAGCUUGGUUGGGAAAAUGACUGAAGGUGCUCUAUUGGAUGUCAUGAGAUCUGCUGUUUCAUUGAAUUCAGAAGUUAUGGAUGCAUUUGGAUUAAUCUCACAAAUCCGAGGAUCCAUCGAUACAGCAUGUGAGCAAUUCUUGGAAGUUGAAUUAGAGAGGGAAUCCUUGGUUGAACUAGAAAAAAACUACUUUGUUAAGGUUGGCCUUAUCACCGAGCAGCAGUUGGCUCUUGAGGAAGCUGCUAUGAAAGGUAGAGAUCAUCUGUCUUGGGAAGAGGCAGAGGAGCUUGCCUCCCAGGAAGAAGCUUGUAGGGCACAGCUGGACCAGCUCCAUCAAACAUGGAACCAGAGGGAGGUGCGAACUUCUUCCCUUGUAAAGAGAGAAACUGAUAUCAAAAGUGCCUUGGUUUCUUCUGAAUGCCAUUUCCAAUCUAUACUUAGUGCUGAAGAGGUAAGGGAACCACAAGUUUUCGGAAGUAAAGAACUUCUGUCCAUACUAAUUAAGCCCUUCUCUGAAUUGGAAUCAGUCGAUAAAGUAUUGUCCUCUGGUUGUUCUGCUGCUUCUCUCUCAAAUGAAUUUUUUAAGUUAGCAGAUUUGAUGAGUUCUGGGUACUCAAUGUCUGAAUACAUCUGGAAGUUCGGUGGCUUAUUGAAGAGCCAUUUAUUUUUCAUUUGGAAAGUUUGCAUUGUGGAUUCUUUUCUUGAUUCAUGUAUGCAUGAUGUUGCUUCAUUUGUGGAUCAAAAUUUAGGAUUCGACCAGCUUUUCAACAUUGUAAAGAGAAAGCUUGAAAUCCAGCUUCACGAACAUGUUGGUUGCUAUCUGAAGGAACGAGUUGCUCCUGCUUUCUUGGCUUGGUUAGAUAAAGAGAAUGAGCAAUUGUCAGAAGCAACAAAGGAACUUUCUCUUGACCUAGUGAAAAAGGAUAUUGGUGCUGUCAGGAAGGUCCAGCUCAUGCUUCAGGAAUACUGCAAUGCACAUGAGACUGCUAGAGCAGCAAGAUCAGCAGCUUCUGCCAUGGAAAGACAGGUAAAUGAACUCAAAGAGGCUCUUCACAAGACUAGCCUAGAGAUUGUCCAACUGGAGUGGAUGUAUGAUGGGUUGGCCCCUUCACACAAUAGCAGAGUCACAUUUCAAAAAUUCCUUCCUAAUGAGGAUAAGUUACAUUCCAUGAUCCUAAACCUCAGCAGACAUAAUCUGCUGGAAGGUUUGCAAUCUUCCAUAACAAAAAUAGCUAGGUCAAUGGACUGCCUGCAAGCUUGUGAGCGAAAUUCUGUUGUGGCAGAAGGGCAGCUUGAGAGAGCUAUGGGAUGGGCUUGUGGUGGCCCAAAUUCCAGUACAACUGGAAAUACUUCAACCAAAACUUCAGGAAUUCCUCUUGAGUUCCAUGACCAUCUGAUUAGGAGGCGGCAAUUGCUGUGGGAAGCUAGAGAAAAGGCAUCAGAUAUUCUGAAAAUUUGCAUGUCAAUUUUGGAGUUUGAAGCUUCAAGAGAUGGGAUUUUUCGGAUACCAGGACAUAUUUAUCCAGCAAGAAGUGGUGGUGAUGGCAGGACAUGGCAGCAAGCUUACUUGAAUGCACUAAUAAAGUUGGAGGUUUCCUACCAUUCUUUUACACGCACCGAACAAGAGUGGAAGCUCGCUCAGAGCAGUAUGGAGGCUGCUUCCAAUGGCUUGUAUUCUGCAACUACUGAACUCUGCAUUGCAUCUCUUAAAGCAAAGUCAGCUUCAGAGGAUUUACAGAACACUGUUCUUGCAAUGAGGGACUGUGCAUAUGAAGCUAGUGUGGCACUAUCUACCUUUAGUCGCAUCUCAAAGGGCCAUACAGCCUUGACUUCUGAAUCUGGUACAAUGCUUGAAGAGGUUCUGGCCAUAACUGAUGAUCUGCAUGACGUUCAUUCACUGGGAAAGGAGGCUGUUGCGCUGCACUGUUAUCUCAUGGAAGAUCUAUCUAAGGCAAAUGCAAUUCUUCUUCCACUUGAAUCUUUAUUGUCAAAGGAUGUGACUGCUAUGACAGAUGCCAUGAACAAGGAAAGAGAGACCAAGUUGGAAAUAUCUCCAAUUCAUGGCCAAGCCAUUUACCAGUCUUACUGCUUGAGAAUUAAAGAGGCUAUUCAGACAUUUAAGCCCUUGGUACCAUCACUUGCAUCAGCUGUGAAGGGACUGCAUUCAAUGCUGACGAGGCUUGCACAAACUGCUAGUCUCCAUGCUGGCAAUCUUCAUAAAGCUCUUGAAGGGUUAGGAGAAAGCCAGGAUGUCAAGUCACAGGGAAUUAGUUUGUCAGGGACAGAUCUUGAUGAUGGUGCUAAUGCAUUUAAUGAGAAGGGAAGAGAGAGCUUCUCUAUGUCCGACAAUGGGAGCACUAAAGGUCUCCCUGGCGAUAAUGGACUCUCCUUGCAAGAUAAAGGAUGGAUAUCUCCACCGGAUAGCGUCUACAGUAGCAGCUCAGAAUCUGCCAUUACCUCAGCUGAAGCAAGUCUUCCAGACAGCUUAAAUGAUCCAGAAGAACUAAUAGGACAGUCCUCUUGUGGAUCUGGAGUUAGUGAGCUAAAUGAACAUCUGAAAUCCUUGGCACCACCAAGCAAUGAAGCCGUAAAUGUGCCCAUUGAUUCCUCACAACCUUUGGAUGAUGAGAGCUCAAAGGGGAAAUUUGAGAGCAAAAAUGAUGAAGUAUCCUCGUUAAACAAAGUUAAGAUUGAAGAUGAAAAUCAAGAAGCUCCUCAUCCUAAUCCGCAGACUGGUAGUCGAGUGGCCAAGGGUAAAAAUGCUUAUGCUAUGUCAGUGCUAAGGAGAGUUGAUAUGAAAAUAGAUGGUCAAGAUAUUGCGAACAACAGAAAAAUUAGUAUUGAAGAGCAAGUAGAUUAUUUGCUUAAACAAGCAAUGAGUGUAGAUAAUCUUUGCAACAUGUAUGAAGGUUGGACGCCGUGGAUUUGA